CGGUGAUCUUAAGGGAGGCAUCUAGAUGAUUCCUGGACAUGUUUGUUCAUUAUCACAGCUGAAGUGUUAGACUCAGUCAUGAAUUGGGCAUCGUUUUAUGCCGUGAUUAGUGGUGUGAACAGACAUUCGACAGGCAUCGGGCGCAUCUGGCUCUCUGUAAUCUUCAUCUUCAGGAUCAUGGUGCUGGUGGUGGCAGCAGAGAGUGUGUGGGGCGACGAAAAGUCUGGCUUCACCUGCAACACCCAACAGCCCGGCUGCAACAGUGUCUGCUAUGACCAGUUCUUUCCCAUCUCUCACAUUCGCCUCUGGUCUCUGCAGCUCAUCCUGGUGUCCACACCUGCUCUGCUGGUCGUCAUGCAUGUCGCUCAUCGCCGGCACAUCGAGAGGAAGAUCCUGAAAAUCUCCGGCCGGGGAAACGCAAAGGACUUUGAGUCCAUCAAGACUCAGAAAUUCAAGAUCGUCGGUUCUCUUUGGUGGACUUACAUGAUCAGCAUCCUAUUCCGUAUCAUUUUCGAGGCUUUUUUCUUGUACGUCUUUUACGUGAUUUACCCAGACAUCAAGAUGGUGCGUCUCGUAAAGUGUGACUCCUACCCAUGCCCAAAUAUGGUGGACUGUUUUGUGUCUCGUCCAACCGAGAAGACCAUCUUCACUAUUUUCAUGCUGACAGUGUCUGGAGUGUGUGUCUUGUUGAACAUUGCAGAGGUGGUGUAUUUAAUAGGCCGCAUGUGUUUCAAAUACUUUCAGCGAGCAGGAGGUGAAUCCAAAGGGCCAUGGCUCACUCAAAAACUGGCACCCUACAAGCAGAAUGAAAUUAAUCAGCUGAUAUCAGAGCACUCGUUUAAACCCAGAUUUAAUGUUGCCCGAAAACCCGUUGCUGAUAAAGGCGAGCGCUGCUCUGCUUUCUAGGCUCUUCUAGACAGCCUGGAAGUUUCACCAACUAUUAAUAACCUAUGAAAUGUGGAUGUAAGUAAUCAUAUUAACCUGUCCUCAUUGAUUUAUUUGAUUCAUUUAUUUAUUUAGGGGCCACUCUAGAGGUGAUAAGUGAUCAUGGGCAGAAAUAUGCUGGACAACCAUGAACUUUUUCAUUCAAAAUGGUGCAAACAUCUGUCUUCUCCCCAAAAGAUAUAAAGGCCUAAUGGUGUGGACACACGCACAUUUUCACUGGCCCAAAAAGUAUGAGGACACUUUUGGAAACUUCAGUCUCACUGAAAAAUUAAUGAAGCUCAUUGUAUUAGAUAACAAAAUAUCAAAGCAAGUGUCAUCUGUGAACCUCAAAUGCUGCUGGAUCUUUUCUCAGAACUAACGUCCACUUUUCUAAAUAAUUUUUGCUCAAUGACUUUUAAUGAACUGGUGUUUUACUUGAAAAUAAAUGCCAUUUUGUUUAUUUUGCAAUGCAAAGCAAAGACAUUUAUACAUUUGUAUUAGUUGCCAAAUUCUUUAAGGGGCCACUGUGUGUAUGUUCAUCUUACACUGUGUACCAAAGUUCAAGUUUAGUGAACUCUGACCUGCUAAUUCAUAUAGAUGUUUGACCAAUAAGAUGUUUGACAUUAUAGGAUCUAUACGUCACUUGGCUCAACAUAAAUACAAACUUCAAAGCUGUAUAUUUUGGAGUGUUAGUCAGAUUUAACAUUUUUAAUUCACAUUCACUUUUUAAGCAUUAUUUUGGGGUUGCCACACUAUAUAUUGUUUACCUCUGGAUGGUGCAAAAGAAGUUUCAAACUUGGACUUUGUUCAUCUCUAUGUCACCUUUAUCAAUGUUACAAGUUUACAUAUUUAAGUUUGAAAUGCAAAAGUGCAAUAAUCUUUUUUUCUGGCCUAAAACUUAAUGAAAGUGCCUCUUUACAUAUUGUGUUAGGUUUCUUUGAUAUUUUUCUUUGAUGUUUAAUGUAACAUCUACAGAACAUUAUUUUUAAACAUUUGUAACAAAAGAAAUCUAAACUUGAUGUCAACUUGUGUGUUUUAAUAGUGUUUCAUAAGGUAAAGUCUCCAAAAAAAUCUAACUUUUUGUUUUAGUUGCACGCAUCAGCUCUGCAGAAAGUGUAUUGAAUAGAGAAGUCUUUUAAUCUUUCCUCUGUUUCUUUUUUUGCAAGCACAAGUCUUGUGAAACGACAGAACAGACUUUUCUUGAGAUUGCAUCAUAUUUAUUUGGCUAAAUGCUUCUUGAUCUCACAUUGUAUGCCACAGCUGUAUCUAACACACACAUCUAGAGCCAUACAAUCGCUGGCUUUCUUGCACUAGAAUAUUUGGAAAUAACAUUUUCAUUGCAGGACUUUGAUGCUGCUUUUUGCUUGGAAUAUCAACCUUGACAUUAAAUGAAUGGUACAUUCCUUAAUAAAAUAUGGGAUAAUUUUAAGUUAGUAGGGUCAUUCACAAAAAUAUUGAUGUUCUGACUUUUAAAAUAUUCAAAUGUCCACUUUAUUUCAGUUUUAACCCAUAAAAGCUGAGGGUAAACCUUUUUUAAAUUCUUGACAUUAUUUUUAAUCAUAAAGGAAAACUUGACUGUUGUUCUUUAUUUGAUUAUUAUUAUUUUCGUUUUUCAGAAUUGAAGCAAGGGUUGUUACACCAGUUCAAUAUUUUGACAUUAUUUUAUGUUAAAUUCCUUAUAAAUGAGGGGAAAUAGU